CGCCGAGAUUGGCUAAGCGUACUCGUAUGCAACGACCUUGAGGUACCCCAGUGUCCCGUGGUCCGCGCGUCGAUAUUGAAGAUCUAAGAUAGAGAUAGAGCCAGGCCGAUCGAUCACUUAGACUCGCUCUAUUUUGUCUACAUUUGUGCACAAUUGUUUAAUUCCUCGAGCCUGUGCCAUAUAUUUGUUUUUGAGAAGGCAGGCAUAUAGCCCGAAGUUUCAUACCUGACCUUUUAUAAAGACAACAGCCCACUGAGGCAAUCGUGCUGCUAGCUGUGGGAGGCUUCUUGCAGAUUCUCUACGGUCCAUAUCCUGGCCCUUGUUUGAACCGACUGCCAGUGUUUCCUUUUAGCAGGAAGGGGCAAUGGCGCCCAUGAGGCCAAGGCCCAGCCUCUCCAAGGAGCGGUUCCCCGCGGUUUUCAGUAACCUUAAAACCCAAACCUACCAUGACCCGUCUGCUCGUGGUGUUGGGUCACACGCGAUACGAUGUUUAGACUGGAACCCCCUGGGAACACUCAUUGCUUCCGGUUCAGCAGACCGUACCCUUAGAGUCUGGAACCCCGACAGGCCAAAUGUCCGCUAUUCAACCGAGCUGAAAGGACACGAUGCCAGCAUCGAGAAAGUAGCAUUCAACCCAGUCAAAGAUGCCGAGCUAUGUAGUUUGAGCGCAGAUGGAGUCUUAAAGCUGUGGGAUGUGCGAACGAAAACCUGUAUCAAUGAGCUCAAACAACUUGGAUCGGCUGUUUCGCUGGUGUGGCAUCCGGACGGCGAGGGCAUUAUUGUAGGCAAUAAGACGGAUACCCUCUUCUUCAUAGACCCGACACAGUUCAAAGUGGUGGCUGAGCGUGCACAAGACGUGCAAACAAACGAGAUCGCCUUCUGCUGGAGUGGAAAGAGGAUAUUUGUUUCAACGGGAGAGGGCCGUGUUAAAAUACUGAGCUAUCCCGACCUUCAACCCGUCUUUCAGUGCGGAUGGGAAGAUAAGCCCCUCACAUUAAACGGCCACACAUCCUCGUGCCUAUCGCUGGCAUUACAACCAACAGCUCGCUUUCUAGCGAGCGGCGGGUCAGAUUCAAUCAUAUCACUCUGGGACACAAAAGACUGGCUUUGCCAGAGGACGCUGAUUGACAUGACUGGACCAGUCCGAAACAUCAGCUUUUCAUGGGACGGGAUGUAUGUGGUUGGAGGCAGCGACGAAGGAAACGGCUUGGAAAUAUCUCACGUAGAGACGGGGGAAUCUGUUCACAGCGUGAAAUCGCAGGCGCCGAGCCCGGUGGUGGCAUGGCAUCCGACGAAAUAUCAACUCGCAUAUACGGAUUUUGGAGGCUUGAAGAUCAUUGGCAUCGAUUCGGAUAAGAAGCAUAACAACUGAGACCAGCAAUUUGGGGUAUCUGUUGAUAGUAAGAUACCUUAAUUUAAGGAGUGUUCUGUAGAAAUACCUGCUGUUUACUACUACAACCACGAGUUUCUACAUCAUUACUGUAUGGCCAUAUGGUUCUUAGGAAUCAGUUUCUAGAGUAAAUAGCGAUC